AUGGUUGAUUCCCAAGCACACUCGCGGAAGCAAAAGAAGCCCCACAUCAACCACAGCUUUCGGAUGUUGAACGAACCUGAAGGCCUAUACGCAGUACCCAGGUACAAGAAACAAAUUCGAAAUCAAGGCUACUACCACGGACACCAGGUCAUCACAAGACGCACGCACACUUCACCGAAUCCCGUCCCCCACGACAAUGUCGCGAUAGGUGCCCAGGUCGCGGCCUAUGAAGAUGCUGUCAUCACUAAAGCCUGGCAUAAUGAGUGGGACGCGGAAUCAGAUGAUUUUCGCACCCAUAAGCCGCUGCCUAUCCUUAACCGACCUGCGAAUAUCGACUUAAAGAAUCAUGCUUGGCGAACGAAGUUGGUAUGUCUAGAUCACUGGGAUCGAGGCCAUGAGACGGACGGUAUGAUUGCUCAACGCCUGACAAGAGCAAAACGGUUUAGGGAGAAGGAACAAGUUACCUCAUACAUGGGUGGUGAGCAGGAUAUGAGACGCAAGAUGGUGAAGCAGGCCGCGCGGAACGCAGAGAUUAUCGACCUAACAGGAGAUGCUACUGCCGGAGAAAAUACUAUUCCGGCCUCUAGCGCAUCAAACAUUGUCCCCCGAAAUGGCGGUAUGCAACCAAGCUUCAAAGAUCAAUUUACGACGGAUGCUACACAUGGUCCUCCAAUUCCGAAGCCUGCGCCUCACCGACAUCAUAGGACAAAGGGCGAUGAUCCAGCGAUGUCGAGGUCUUCACUAAAAGGGAAACCACGCGCUCAGUUCCUCCUGCAUAUUCCUCCCCACGAGUACCUACUGCCCGGGGGUGAACCAAUCAAUGCGACUAUCGUUGACCUCAUCGUCCUCCUUCCACAAUGGUUCCGUAACCCUGGUGUCGCAUGGCGCUUUCUAAACAACGGUAUCAACGCUGCUGUUCAUUUUGUAAUCUUGGAGCAACAUAGACACCUCAGCUUGACUAACGCUGAAGAAGCAGAACGUACCCGCGACCAUAUCUCGGACACAUACCGGAAGACUAUGCGCAAGAUCAAGCAAGGCUGGACGAAGGCAAAACACGAGAUUCCGGAUGACUGGGACGCACUAAACAUCUCAAUCACCAACUAUACGCCAGAAGCUGCCAAAAAAAUGGGUUAUAUCACGCCGCCAUCAGUUCCUUUCAAAGACCUUGCGGUUGGCCUAAAGAAGUUGCCUCAGUAUUACGAUGCUGGCGAUUUGACUCGCGCACUGGAUUUUGCAAUGCAGAACCAGAAGCUUGAUGAGCAUGCUCAACCAAAAGAGUUUAUGUUCCCAGACGAUAUACAGCUCAUUCUCAGCUAUAUUGGUCACACUCAAAUCACACAAGGUCACGUUGAUGGUGCUGUUCUAGGCCGUUACUUCCAGGUGCUAAGAACUGCAGAUGGUGUGCGUCGCAAGCAGAUUGCAGAACAGCGCCGCCAGCAACAAACUGCCGAUGAACGUAGUUACGAUGGUAUGCUUCCAGCAGAUAUGGGUGCCUUGAUGCCCACUACUUUACGUUAUUCACCAAUGACACAAAAUUCCUUCCAGGAGGUACCUCAAGGCUUUUCAUAUGGUCAGCUACAAGACAUAGGCUACAGUAGAACUACUAUAAGUGCCGUUAGUCAUAGCAGCCCAAUCACACCUCACUUGACCCGGUUGAACUCGCAAGAGGCCGCUGCAACAGUUGCAUCAGAGCUCGUAGCUCAGGGUGCCCAGCAAGCUUAUGUAGACUUUCCGGACAUUCCAGAUAUCUAUUCCCAAAGGGCGAGGGAGAACAUUGAUGCAUUGAUGGCAGCACACCAAACGUAUGAUCUAAGAGGUUUACCCAAUCCAGUAUCAUAUCCAUCACAAACUCCAUACCCCUACCAUCCUUCUACACUCUUGCGAGAUUGUCUGGAAGGUUUGGACGCGAAUAACCAUAGCGACCUUGCUCGUGCAUCACGGUGGGCGCGGCAAUGGGAAUACUUCAGCAAUGGCUUCCAGAUUCGGGAUAUCGAUCUAGUCCUGUCUGUAAUGGAUAUGUCAGAAGCCACGGUUGAGCCAGGUGUACAAUAA